AUGGACUUCUUCUCGCUCUCCGGAAAAACAGCUCUCGUCACGGGUGGUACCCGUGGCAUUGGCCAGGCCAUGGCCAUUGCAAUGGCUGAAGCUGGCGCCGAUAUAGUUCUUGUCCAGAGAGACACUAGCAACCAAGAGACGAAGUCUCGGAUCGAGAAUCUUGGGCGAAAAGCGACCAUUUAUACUGCUGAUCUUUCAUCGCAAGCUUCAGUGUCGCUACUCGUUUCGAGUGUGUUGAAGGGUGGACACGACAUCAACAUUCUCCUCAACUGCGCGGGAAUCCAGCGCCGACAUCCAAGCCACAUCUUCCCGCUCGAGGACUGGGACGAGGUCCUCCAAGUCAAUCUCACGACUGUAUUCACCCUCUGCCGCGACGUCGGCGCGCACAUGCUUACACGUACCCCUGACCGGGCGGGUCAACGCGUUCCCGCAUACGCAGCAGCGAAAGGCGGCGUGGCACAACUCACCAAGGCCUUAUCAAACGAGUGGGCAGCGAAAGGAAUCAAUGUCAAUGCCAUUGCGCCGGGCUAUGUCGCGACCGAUAUGAACACGGCCUUGAUCCAGGACGAGGAACGUGCUGCCAGCAUCCUAGCCCGAAUCCCUGCCGGACGAUGGGGGAAUCCGGAUGAUUUCAAGGGGUCAGUUGUGUACUUGGCGAGCCGGGCGAGCGCAUAUGUGAGUGGCGAGGUGUUGACAGUGGAUGGGGGCUGGAUGGGACGGUAG